UAUGUAUCUGACAACAAAGUGGUAUUUCAGGCUAAGAAAGUAUGUGUUAGUGUAAUUCGUUUUCCUUUUCGUAUCGACUUUUUUUUUAAAGAUAAAAAGGAGAGCAAGCUAUUUUCCUCCUAUUUAAUUUUUUCCCCCCGUUGAAAGGCGUUUGAGUGGGGGGCAUUUUGCACAAAUUAAACAUGCUACUCUGCUUCGCCCUAUAAGCAUCCUAGGAGUCUGUGCUUACCAAUCAAUUGGUACAGUCAAACAGAGCCGCAGCCUGCGCGAGAGUGGAGACCUUCAGUCUCUCUUUAUUUCUGGAUAUUGGGGGACCUCUCUACCAUGUCAUAUCCACAAUUCGGAUAUCCAUAUUCGUCUGCUCCACAAGUAAGUUCAUGUCUUUUUCAUUUAAUAGCUUGUUUAAGUUUUGACACUGUUGCGAUUGAUUAUCUCAUCGAUUUGAGCGCGAUCCUUUUACGCGUUUUGGCCAACAAUCAGAGCUGUCACAGAGCUGUCGGCUAUCGGGGAAGUAUUUCAUUACAGACAGGGAUACCUGAGUUUUUUGCAGCGAUAUAUAGAAAGAAGGUAAGGAGAGGGUAACCCAAAGAGACAGCGAGACCCCCGACCUCCCAUUCACUGAUUUCUGCAAGAUAAUAGCCGCUCCGUAAUGUCAACCAUAUGUUUAUCUGCGACAGAACACGCACGCCAACUUGUUCUUCACGCGCUGUGUGUGUUUUUGCGUUGUAACCCAGCUGCUGUUUUGUUCUGGCUUUGAGCCAUAAAAAAUCAUUUGGGCAUUACUUUGGGUAUGACUCGGCGUAUGACAUGCGUUAUCUGUUUGUUUCAUUUGGAUCACAGCUCACAGACGGGUCGUUUUGGGCACGUUUUACGCGCAUAUCAUCACAAAGAUUUGAGACAUCAUUCAUCACCAAAUAUCAGCUUUUCAUCAUCAUCAUUUUUCUGUCGCUGUUUUAAUGCUUUUAAGGCGCAAAUUACUAAAUUGAGUGCGAAUGAAAAGCAGUCAGAUUAAAAGUAGAGGAGGUAAAAUUUGUCAAACUUUUGGCUUGAUUGUUUUUUUUUACUCAGACGAGCGAAACAAUUUUGGAAACAGGUAAAAUCAUCUUCAUUCUAUUGACAGGAUUUUCUUGUAUAAUUGAAAAAAAAAGUUUGUUGCCAACUUAGUGUUCAAAGUUAAGGGCUUGCAUUAGAUCUUAAAUCUAUCAGAAUUUUAAAAAUAGAGAGCAUGUCAAUGGUUUUCUGAAAGACAAACUCCCUCUCGGUCUUCUCCCAGUUCCUGAUGACAACCAACUCUCUGACCACUUGCUGCGAGUCCACCGGCAGAUCCAUAGCCGACUCCGGGGUAGCAGCGUCCGGACAGACUCCAGUCUACUGUCCCGUGUACGAGAGCCGGCUGCUGGCCACGGCGAGGCACGAGCUCAGCUCAGCUGCCGCACUGGGCGUGUACGGGAGCCCCUACACCGGCGGUCAAGGCUAUGGGAAUUACGUUACAUACGGCACGGACGCCUCGGCUUUCUACUCGCUGGUAAGCCCUUCAUCUGAUCCCUCUUGGCAUUGAUUAAUGGAGCCGCAGGGUGCUGAGAGGCGAGCCAGGCACACCUCUUCCUUUUCCUACACCUUACAUCGCUGUACCUGCUUUCACUGCUCAUGUUUUUGUACCAGUAUCAUCUUGCAGCUCAACUUUUCUUAGGAAAUUACACAAGAAGGUUUGAGACAAGAAUUUGUCUCUACGUUUAUUGUCAGAGUUUGCCCCAAGGAUGAAUAUUUGAAAGCAACGAUUCACUGUUUGAAAGGAGUCUGCAUUUGGGGACUCAGAAUUUUAUAAAACUGUCAUUUUGUGUUUUUAAAAAAAUAUAUCUCACAUAUUUUCAUUAGUAACUCCAAAAAUGUCUAGGCCAAAAAAGACCAGGAAUAGAGCCUAUUCAAGGAGAUUAACUGUUUAAACAAUGAUGCUUUCAUUUCUUUUCUUUUCUUCUUUCUUGGCUACAUGGUGUUGUGAAGGAUUUGGACUUUGAAUUUUAUGAUUUUCCACUAAAUAAUCUAAUCUGCUGUUAUUUGUUGUAAUGAGCCCAAAACUGUCAGAUAGAUUUCUCUACAAAGAUCCUUUCAGUGGGGAAAAAACAAACAAACAAACAAAAAAAAAACUUCUGACUCAUCUGUGUCCUUUUGUUUCCUUGAGUUUAUUUUUGUGAAAUCUCAUUUAGUCUACAUUUAAAGUUUAUAAAUAUAAAUGUAAAGACUGCUGUAUGAAACUGACAGUGGCAUUCAUUCAACAGAAAAUCAAUGUAAUAGGAAUAAGAAUAAGAAGAACUUUAUUGAUCCCUGAAGGGAAAUUAAAUUGUCUGUACAUUUUUAAAUUUGCAAGACGUUUCAGUGUUUCAAUCUCAGAUUAACUUCUAAAAAAACUGCUCAAACUUUCACAGGAAUACAUCUCAAACUGAUACACAUAAACAGGCAAACAGGUUUUCUCUUUAAUCACUCAGUGGAUGUUUGUCUGUUUCUUAAAUUGCAGGGUACAUUUGAUACUAAAGAUGCCACAGCUUCUGCACAUGCGGGAAUAACGCAGGCGACAGCCUACUAUCCUUAUGAUCCCACCUUAGGACAGUACCAAUAUGACAGGUAAGUUAUCGCGAUAAUGAAGUGACUUAUGUUGAUGUUUUUGAGCGUAAACCGCAGCCAUAUUAGAGGGACAUUUUUUUGUUCCAUUGGCUAGAAAAGUUCCUGCAAAGUUAAACUCUACUGUCCCAUAAGUUUGCAUGUAUAUGUUGGCUGUUCAAGAGCGGCUAAAACUGGAUGAUAUCCAAAUUUGAGCGACCAGUAACACUCAGAUUCAGCACAUUAUGCAGAAGAUUAGUUUGAGUUUUAUUGGCGUUAGAUCAAUCAUCGCUGAGAGGCCAUUCUCAUCACACCUCACAGCAGCAGGUGAUCACCUUCAUCUCCUGACACAUUUCUCUCCUGAUGAGCUCAUGUUUGGCUCAGCAGACACAUGCCCCCUUUCAGAGAGACAUGAGGCCUUUUCAGUGCUGUGAAGAGUUCGCCUGCCAUAUCGAAAGGUCUUCCCAAUAAUGAGAUGACACCCUAAUGAAGUGUAUGAUGUGGUGAAAACGUAGGCCCUGAAUGACAACUAUACCUGAUAGUUUACUGCAGUCAGAGCUCUCUUUGCACAGACAGCAGCUUUAGAAGUGAAUGCAGUCUUUUAAUGUUAACUCUGAACUGAGCAGCAAUGUGUCAAAUUGAUUACCUUUACAGCACAAUGAGAGUUCAUGUAACCUAAACGCAAAAGCCAGAUUCUUUUUCCAAUCACUCUUAAUUCAGUGAAAAGUGCAGAAGGAGUCAGCAUAAUAAGUGCAAAUACAGCAAAAGGCCUCAGUCCAAGGCAAAACCAGAUGAGGAGAACAAGCAGGCCUAUUCUGCUUCUGCUCUUCUCUUACCUGAGGGCUCAUCAUUACACCCAAUAAAGCAAUUUUACAGUCUGUUUUAUCUGUGAGGGUAUGGAGAGGUGCAGUGCUCGUCUGCUUUUGAUUCCCUUAGCAGUGCUUGACCUGCGCUAAGCUAUACGGAGCAAUAAAGGCCUCAUAAAAGCCUCCCCUGAGAGGACUUUUACAGCUCACUGCUGACUGAAGAUCAACACUCUGCAUUUUAAAUGGAGCUCUACAGCUGAUAUUUAUGGGAGAGGAGAUGGUAGGGAGGCAGAUGUAGGCUGCGUUUUGAAUGACUUAAAUAGGCGAUACAUUGAUAUUGUAAAAUGUAUGAGCAUGUUGUCAUAAUACAGUUAGUAUUAUAGUUAGUAUAUUAGUUAGUAUAUUUCAGUAGGACACUGGUAGCAGAUUUAUUUUGGAUACCAGUGGCAGGCCCUGGAAAAGGGUCUGUGGGAACUUUUGUGAAAACAGUCGCUUCUGCCUUUAUCUCAUGCUGUGGAAAACAGGGUUUUUGCAUGUCUCAUGUUUUUACAAAAAUCACUUUUUAUUAUUUUCUAUCAAAAAUAAUCAUAAAGUUUCCAAAAGGAUUAACAAUGCAUACUGAAGGGGAGGUAAAAAAGCCUUCCCUGCUUCUUUAACUGGCACUUUAGAAAUGCUUACUUCUUAUUUUGAAUGUUUUACUCCUUUGCAAAAGGCAGAGUGUUAAAAUCACUCUCUUAAAGCACAUUUUGCAAACAUGUAAAAGGACUUUAUGCGACUGACUGCUCUGUCAUGGUCUCCAGGACUGAGCAGUCUGUGGCAGCGUAUUCAAUAUUGUAAUGAAACAAGCCUCACAUACAGUGUUUUUACACGCUCAUCACCAUCAUGUUUGUCAUCUCAAUAACAGAUACGGUUCCAUGGAUGGCGGUACAAGGCGGAAAAAUGCUACGCGUGAGACAACCAGCACGCUGAAGGCCUGGCUGCAAGAGCACAGGAAGAACCCGUACCCGACCAAAGGAGAGAAGAUCAUGCUGGCCAUCAUCACCAAGAUGACCCUGACGCAGGUGUCCACCUGGUUCGCCAAUGCCAGGAGGAGGCUCAAGAAGGAGAACAAGAUGACCUGGCCUCCUAGGAACAAGGGCUCAGAGGAGAAGAGAUACGACGAGGAUGAGGAUGGGUCUCAGGAGGAGCAGAUAAAGAGCGAAAACAAUGAGGAUGGUUAGUAAAAUGUCUUGUCGCUGUGUACAAAUUCAGAAACACUUUCCCGUAUGCUGGGUUUUUGAUCAUUUUUGGUGAUUCAGAAAGUUUUCAGAAGCAUUUUCAGAAAGUUUAUAGACUUUUUGUUAAAUAAAGUUUAGUCUUUCUUAUGUUUUAUUUUUGGACGUAUAGUUUUCAGUACAGAUUGUACUAUUUGUAUAUCAGUUUGAGCAACAUUACAGAUUUUUUCCUUGAACUUAACAGCUGUUCACCAAAGGGAUCCGCACAAAUAAAAAAAGCUCAACAGCAACUAAGAGGAAAAUUAAAAUCAUCAAAUUUUGGUGUAAAGUCUGCUUCAACUGUCAGUCUUGAAAGAUCAAAUGUACUUCUACCUGAUGUAUCAUAACUAGAAAAGUAAGACUGUUAACACUCUGUCAUUUAUUCUUUCUCUUAGUCUAAAAUUUUCUGUAUCAUGAGAGAUUAGCUUGUUUGAUCAAAUCAAGCUCUCCAAUGUCAUGUUAACCUUAACUCUUAUUUCAUGAACUUUCAACAAAGUACUUUAAAUGUUAUCAAUGUAAUAUAUUUGUUACAAUAAAGGGAUGGGAGUCAGGGUUUACACUUUCUUGCAUCAGUUACACACAGGCAUGCUGAAGAAAUGUAAACAUUCAAAAGAACUUUGAAAUACACAAUUUCAGAAGGCCUCAGUCAGUUCUUCUGGGGGUUAAGUUGAGGGUUAAACCCCCUACAUUUAUUUGGGGUUGCUUUUCAGAUGAGGCUGUUUUUCCCCACAUCGUUUUGAGCUUAGACUGACUCAAGAGCUGUCUCACAUUGAGGUGGAUCAAACCCCUUUAAUUACGAGUGGAUUUUUCCCAAUCAUGAUGGAUCUAUUUAUUCGCGAAGUCACGCUGUGAUCGAUGUUUUAAAUUCCUGUCUAUGCCUGUUAACUUUUACUCUACAAGUUCAAUCAACUCUCAUCUUAGAGUGACUGUUCAGGAAGUUUUAAUCAGAUCUGAUACCAAACAUCUCAUGACACCACCUCUCUGCUCUCGUCUUCCUCCAGAGACCAGGAGUCGGCCCGAUAAGGACCUCCAGCUGAGCGACCUGGAUGACUUCGACACGCUGGAGUCUGAGAGCUCAGAGUGUGAGCUUAAGCACCGCUACCACAUGAACACGCACAUGUCCACGACGAGCGACUGCUCCGGAGACCACCUCAUCAAGGACACGUCUCUGAAAAUCUCCAUCCCGGUUUCCCUGGGAGGGGAGCAGGACUUGAGCAAAAGUUGCCUGAAAACGAGCCCGGAAGAUUUCCAGGCGGAGAGCAGACAGCAGGUGAAGGCUUGCUACAACCAGCAGCAGCAGCAGCAGCAACCAGGGCACCAGAUUUUGGACGGCAAACCGCGCAUCUGGUCUUUGGCCCAAACCGCAACCUCUCUGAACCAGACUGAGUAUCCAUCCUGUAUGCUGAGGUGCCAGCCCCCGCCACCCUCCUCCCUCACCCCUUCCCCCGCCGCUACCUCACCCGUGACCGGCUUGGACAACAGGCAGGACUCGCCGGUCACGACCCUGAGAAACUGGGUGGACGGGGUUUUCCAUGACCCUCUUUUCAGGCACAGCACUUUGAGCCAGUCUCUGACCAACACCACCGUCUCUUGGACCACAAACACCAAAGGCUCUGCCAUGCUGGAGGCGGAGAGGAGCGCGGCGGUCUUGCAGCAGCACCAGGACUCCUCCAAAGACAGUUUCCCCAAAAAUAUCAACAAACUUUUUUGCUCCUAACAAAACCAAAACGACCCUGAGACUGAGACUUUGUGACUGAUGGGGAAGCCGGUUGGCUCUCAAUGACCCCUUCAUUAUGUUUUAUUCGUUUCUAAAAUUAAUGGUAGCUAUUACAUUGGCGGUACACAUGUGAAAUACCCAGACCAGUUUUGGCUUAUUUGAUUUUUACGCACGCACAAAAAGUAUCGAAAUGUAACUGAAAGUUUACAUUUUGGAAAAAAUAGGCCGAAGGUUUACAUGAUUUUCCUUUCCUUCCUUUCUUUCUAUGCGCAUGCAAAUGUAAAUGAAUAUUAUUUAGCUCUCAGCAGUGGAGUAUCACUAUUAAAAGAAGAAAAGAAGUCUCACUAAAUGCACA